AUUAGCUAAUGGCCCUCCAGAUCUGAGAUGCUGUUUACUGCAUCAGAAACUUCAGAUGUUAAAUUGUUGCAUUGAAAGAAAGAAAGCAAGAGAUGAGGGGAAAAGGGGAACCCUGUCUGAUCGUUCACCUGGUGGUACUUCUGGUGAUGCUGGAAAAGGACCAGACCACUCUGGAGAUAACCCUGAUAAGGAGAAAGAAUUUGGCAAGUCUUGGGAAUCAUGGAGUGACAGUGAAGAGGAGUUUUUUGAAUGUCUAAGUGACACAGAAGAUCUUAAAGGAAAUGGACAGGAAAAUGGAAAGAAAGGAGGAGCAAAAGAAGGCAACAAAGAGCCUGUAAACUUAAAACCAGAAGGUCGUCUGCAUCCACAUGGAAAGCUGACGCUGCUGCAUCCAGGAGAGCCUCUCUACAUUCCAAUAACACAGGAACCAGCACCCAUGACGGAAGAUUUGCUGGAGGAACAGUCUAAGGUACUGGCAAAACUAGGAACAUCAGCGGAAGGUGCUCAUCUUCGGGCACGCAUGCAGAGUGCCUGCUUGCUCUCAGAUAUGGAGUCUUUUAAGGCAGCUAAUCCGGGAUGUUGUCUGGAGGAUUUUGUGAGGUGGUACUCCCCUCGGGAUUACAUUGAGGAGGAAGUGGUUGAUGAGAAGGGGAAUGUAGUAAUUAAGGGCGAGCUGAGUGCCCGAAUGAAGAUUCCUAGCAACAUGUGGGUAGAGGCCUGGGAAACAGCAAAACCAAUCCCAGCCCGGAGGCAGAAGCGACUCUUCGAUGACACUAGAGAGGCAGAGAAGGUGCUUCAUUACCUUGCAGUUCAGAAACCAGCUGAUCUUGCGAGGCAUCUCUUGCCUUGCGUCAUCCAUGCAGCUGUACUCAAAAUAAAGGAAGAAGAAGCACUAGAAGAUAUAUCUUCAGUUAAGAAGAUUAUUAAGCAGAUAAUAUCCCAUUCCAGUAAAGUUUUGCGGUUCCCCAAUCCAGAGGACAAGAAGUUGGAAGAAAUCAUUGCUCAGAUUAUGAGUGUGGAAGCUAUCAUCGCCAGGGCCAGGUCUCUGAAAGCAAAAUUUGGGGUGGAGAAAUGUGACAAUGAGGAGGAGAAAGAGGACCUACAGAGAUUUGUAAACUGUCUCCUGGAGCAGCCAGAAGUAUCAGUUAUUGGUGCAGGAAGAGGACCUGCUGGUAGCAUUAUUCACAAGCUGUUCGUGAAUGCUCAGAGGCUGACUGAAUCUUCUGAUGAGGUUUCUGCAGCGCCUCCACUUGAUGAAGAAUUGAGGAGAUCGGGCUCAUCAGAGGAACGACGACUCAACGCAGGCAGCAUUUCAGAUUUCCCUCCGCCCACGGGCCGCGAGGUGAUUUUGCGCACAACUGUCCCCCGCCCUGCCCCAUACUCCAAACCACUGCCCCAGCGCAUGUACAGCGUGCUGACCAAGGAAGAUUUUCGACUUGCUGGUGCCUUUUCAGCAGAUACGACGUUCUUCUGA